AUGUGUAGUUUGAGAAACGUCACGCCAUGUUUCUUUUGUACACGGUACGACUGUACGACUGGGGAAGAAACCUGGCAAAAUGCAUUAUUUUUCAGUGGACACGAGAUCACCGACUCCACCAUUGGCAUUGUGGGAUUGGGGCGUAUCGGUAUGGCUGUUGCUAAGCGACUCAAGGCGUUCAAGGUUGCUAAGUUUCUGUACACCGGGAAUAGUCAGAAGUCAUAUGCAGAAGAAGUAAAAGCAGAAUUUGUCUCAUUUGACAAACUUCUGAAAAAUUCUUAUUUUGUAAUCGCAUGUUGUUCGAUCAAUGCAAACAAUCGGGGUCUUUUCAACAAAGCUGCAUUUAAAAAGAUGAAGAAACCAGCCAUAUUCAUCAACGUUUCACGAGGGGUACUAGUCAACCAGGAUGAUUUGAUUGAGGCCCUGACCACUGGUGAAAUAUAUGGCGCUGCACUUGAUGUCACCACCCCGGAACCUCUUCCACUAGAUAAUCCACUACACUCCCUCAAGAACUGUCUAAUGACACCCCACAUUGGAAGUGUCAGCUAUAAGGCUAGAAAUGGAAUGGCCAGUCUGACAGCCAGGAACAUUAUGGCGGGAAUUCGAGGCGAAGAUCUCCCGUCCCCAGUUGCGUAA